AUGGCUGAAGCAUUAGUCACUAUUGCUGCUGAGGGGAUAUUGAAAAAGGUGUUGUCUAUUGCUGCGGGUGAACUCGCCAUUGCCUGGGGUUACGAAGAAAAGCUGACCAGCCUUCACAGAACAUUAGACCUGAUUCGUGCCAAGUUAACCGAUGCAGAGCGAAAAAAGAAAUCAGAGGUUGUGAUGGUGUGGCUGAAGCAGCUAAAAGAUGUAGUGGGUGAAGCUGAUGAUGUGUUGGAUGAGGUUGAUUACGAAAUGCUGAGGCGUCAAAUAAAGAAACCAGAUCAGAUGGCAAGAAAGGUAGUGUGCCUUCCAAGCUUGAAAAGGUUUUCAUUUCGUUAUAAAAUAGGUCAUAAAAUCCAAAACAUCAAUGAAAAGUUGUUUAAGAUCAAUACAGAAGCAAACAGUUUAGGACUACAAAAUGAACACCCUGCAGGCCCUGUUCUAGAUCGUCUCUAUUGGAGAGAGACUGUUCCAAAUCAAGAAGAAUUUAUAAUUGUUGGGAGGGAUGAUGAUAAACUCCAUAUCAUUGAACUUUUAACCCAAUCAAGAAAAGAAGAAAAACUUAGCAUUGUUCCCAUUGUGGGAAUGGGUGGUAUUGGGAAGACCACUUUGGCUAAGUCGGUCUACAAUGAUAAAAAGAUCGAGCAACAUUUUGAUGUUAAAGCAUGGUUGUGUGUGUCGGUUAAGGUUGACAUCAAUACACUUCUUGCAAAGAUCUACGAGUCUCUUGCCAAAAAGAAACCUAACUCGGACCUAAGGACCAAUUUAAUUGAAAGUCUUAAAGAGCAGUUGGCAUCAAAAAGAUAUUUGCUCGUCUUGGAUGACGUCUGGGUCCAAGAGAGGCCAUACUGGGAAGAGUUUAGGAGUUGUAUGCUAAAUGUAAGCUCACAAAAUGGAAGUGGCAUUCUUGUCACUACACGGAAACUUGAAAUCGGAACUCAUGAUAUGAUCAGGGAUUCGUGUCCUUUAAAAGGUCUUUCUGAUGAUCAUUGUUGGGACAUCUUCAGAGAAAGAGCGUUUGUGGCAGGAACAUCAGCGUCGCCGGAACUGGUGAAGAUAGGCCGCGACAUUGUAGAAAAGUGUGGUGGUUUACCAUUGCUAUUAAAUGUAAUAGGUGGCAUGUUGGCGAAUUACAAUGACACGGAGAAGUGGUUGUACAUAAAAUAUAGCAAGGUUUGGGAUCUGGAAGAAGAAAGGGAUAGAGUUCAAAAGAGUUUGGAACUGAGCUUUGAUAAUCUCCCCGAUUCUAUCGUCAAGCAAUGCUUUGUGUAUUGUUCCAUCUUUAAGAAAGAUACGGUCAUGGAAAGGGAAGAACUGGUCCAACUUUGGAUGGCUUUAGGGUUAGUUCAAGCGGAUGAGGAAAGAAACAAGGAGAUGGAGGAUGUGGGGAAUGACAUUUUUCAAAUUUUGGUCAGCAAUUCGUUGUUCCAAGAUGUUGAAAGGGAUGAGUAUGGUCACAUCACUCGUUGUAGCAUGCAUGAUCUGGUGCAUGAUCUCUCAUUAUCACUUUCAAAGCAUGAAAUCUUAUGUUUGGAGGAUACAACAAAUGAUGAUAUCGCAUGUAUCCCUCAGGUUAAACACCUCGCUUUUUACCAAAAACAGAACGAGGAAUGGGAAGCCAAUGUUUUUAUGUUCAUUGAAAGGAAUACGGUGGCUAGAACUUUGCGUACAUUGAUCAUUAAAGGUAAAGAUGACAAAAAGUUUUCAUUUUAUCAAGUUUUUAACAAAGGUGAAGAUGAGAAGAAAUUUUCAUUUCAACGAUUUUUCAUCAAAGGAGAAGUUGAGAAGAUAUUUUCAUUUGAACGAUUAAAGUGCAUACAAAUCCUACAACUCAAAUAUUGUAAAAUACAGAAGUUAGACCAUUCAAUUGGAAGGUUGGUGCAUCUCAGGUAUCUGGAUUUAUCAUAUACGAAUAUCCGUGUUCUUCCUGAAUCUAUUGGUAAAUUAUACCAUUUGCAAACUCUGAAGUUGCAAGGUUGCCUUCAUCUCAACAAGUUUCCAGAAGCCAUGAGAAAUUUGAUAAGCCUGCGAUAUUUCCAGUGUCACAAAGACAUUCCUGCUAAUAUCGUUGGACAAUUGACUUCUCUUCGAACUUUGCCUUCCUUCACAGUGCUAAGAAGGAAGGGACAUGGUAUAGAAGAGCUAUGCCGUUUGAAUAACCUUGCUGGAAGCCUCUUUAUUUCACAUCUAGAGAAUGUUGGUAGCAAAGAGGAUGCUGUCAAGGCAGACUUAUCUAGAAAGAAAAAUUUAUACGAGAUCGAAUUUGAAUGGAGUUGGGACCAUGGAGGUGCCAACAGAAACGACAAGGAUAUAUUGGAAGGCUUGCAACCCCCUGGAGAUGUGAAAAUAUUGAGAAUUAAAAGAUUUUCUGGUUAUAAUUUUCCAGAAUGGGUAAUAAAGAUGGCAAUCAAUAUUGAUGGGAAAGAGACCCCCCUUGACAAGCUUGUGAAGAUCAGAUUAUAUGGAUGUAGCAGCUGCCUCUCUCUUCCGACGCUUGAGCACCUAUCUCAUCUUCUGGAUCUUGAGUUGGAAGAUAUGGACAACUUGGCAUGCUUAAGGAGUUCCGAUGUUACUGGAUCAACCAAGCCUUUGUCUCGAUCAUUGAGAAGGCUCCGAGUAGAUCAUAUGGAAAGACUGGAAAAGUGGAUAGAUGGAGAACCCAACAGCUCUAAUAUGAUAUCGCCGGUCCUUCAGAAGUUGGAAAUCAAGUAUUGCCCAAAGAUUAUUGUCUUGGAUGAAUGCCAGCCCCAUCCUCUUGUUUCCUUAGAGAUUAGAGGCUGCAAUGGUCUGGUGUCCAUUAAGAGCAUACAAGGCCUCACAUCUCUCGAUUUUUUAAAAAUUGCCAUGUGUCCUAGUCUUUCAGAAAUAACCAAUUUACCCAACGAGUGUCAUUCUUUGAAGACUUUGGAAAUUACCGACUGCGGCAAACUGACUUCCUUGCCUCAUGAAAUGUUUGACUGUUUUGCCUUCUUAGAAAGGUUGGAACUUGGUCGGUUCUCGAAGGAGCUGGAUUCUUUCCCGAGUCUCCAAGGCAUCGAGAAGUUAAGGAACCACCUUCACUCGUUGGUAUUGUACGGUUGGUCUCAUUGGAAGUCAAUACCAGAUGAAAUACAACACCUCACCUCACUGACUCGGUUACAAAUAGAUGGAUUCGGAAUGCAAGAACUGCCUAUGUGGUUAACCAACAUGUCAAACGGGGAGCACCUCGUGAUUCAAGGCUGUACAUAA